AUGCUUUUUGCAGUGGAUAAUGAGUCGCCUACGCAGAUUAUUUUGCAGGAGAGAGGUGGUGGUAGUGGUGGUGGUGGGGGGAAAGGACAAAGUGCGACGUUGCCGGAGUUGAAGUAUUGGUCUGAUGUCGUGUUUCUGCAGUGGCAAAUUGUUACGGGGAAAAAAGCGAAUUUACAGUUCGUAGUCAGACUCGGGAUUACAAAUCAGGCUACCCUCGAUAUUCUGGAGCAAGUUUUGCGGAAAAAACGGGUAUGUGUAUGA